GCUCAUUGUGUUGUGUUCGCGGACUGAAAGCGGCGCGGGAGUCACCACGUCAACUCGUGUUUGUUUAAUCGUUUUGUCACGCAAAACGAGUUCUCAAUCUGCGGGAAUCCUUCUAGUUUGUUGGAUACACCAUUUGAAAUGAGCUACGGUAGACCUCCGCCAGACGUUGAGGGCAUGACUUCGUUGAAAGUGGAUAAUUUAACGUAUCGAACGUCGCCGGAGACGUUGCGGCGCGUCUUUGAAAAGUAUGGCCGAGUCGGGGACGUUUAUAUUCCCCGAGACCGAUACACGAAAGAGAGCCGAGGCUUCGCCUUCGUGCGCUUUCACGACAAGAGGGAUGCCGAAGAUGCGAUGGACGCAAUGGAUGGAGCGAUUCUGGACGGACGAGAGCUCCGGGUUCAGAUGGCCCGCUACGGCCGGCCGCCCGAUUCGUACUACGGGGGCCGCCGCGGUGGGGGAGCCGCGAGAAGACACGGCGGACACGGCCGUCGCAGCCGAAGUCCCAGACGCCGGAGACGCAGCCGUUCCAGAAGCAGAAGCCGCUCUCGUUCCCGCAGCCGCUCCCGUUACAGCAGAUCAAGGUCACGCUCCUACUCUCGCUCCCGGUCACGCUCCAAGUCACACACACCCCGUAAGAGGAAGUCCAAGUCGCCCUCCAGGUCUAGGUCCCGUUCAAGAUCCAAAUCCAGGUCCCGUUCCAGAAGCCGCACACCUGCUUCCAACAGAGCGUCGAAGUCCAGGUCAAGGUCUAAAAGCCAGCCGAAGUCUGCUGGUGAGGAAGGACCCACAUCAUCCUAAAACCUUUCAGAGGUCUUCCUUACCAUUGGACGAUUCCAAACGUGUGACCUCGGUUGGAUCCUGAGGAACAUCAGAUUGAAAAUCCUGAAAGCUACACAAUGGCUACAUGAGCCUAAAGGUCAUUAUGACUGAUUGGCAUUGUCGAACUGUUUCAUAGUUAUACAGCCCUUUGUUCUUUCAAUACAUUGUCUCUAUUUUAUGUGAGGUUGUUUUAAACGUGUGUGUCCUUUUUAAUUCGUUGAGUAGGACGAGCAUCACAAUUCUAUUGGCCUUAAAGGUAAACUUGUCUCGGUGAUGGUUUUGAGUGUUAGCUGCACCUAAUUUGUGUAAUACAGAAAUCAAUGUAGCUUUGCCUUUUUGUUGUUGAAAUUCUGCUUAAAUCUGCAAAUGUUUAAGAUGAUUAUUCUUUAGUAUGCUUUAUUUUGAAGUGAUUUGGAGAGUAAGAAUAGCCUGAGUUCUGAUCACCAUGUGUAACAUACUAGUUUUUGUAUUUUAUUUUUCAUUUUAUUUGUAUUUUAAUUUUGGUUUUUGUGUGUGACAUUUGGAUUCUAACCCCAUGUCUUGUGUAUUUUUUGUGCACUAGGCGCAGUUGUCUAGCUGUUGAGUAUUGCUGGUUAGCUGUUAAGAUCCGGUGUUGCCGUGCUUGGCUGUUUCCAGUUUUCUCCAGAUUGCAGCUGUUGCAGGUGUGGCCGAGGUCAAACGGCAUCUGCAAAUACAUUUUUGGUAGUAUAAUCGCUGUCGUUCAUUAAUUUAUUUUUGUUCAACAAUUUGGAAAGAUUGAAGUAUCUUAACAACAAAUAAAGCAUGCCGAUAAACUUUG